UCCGAUUUAAAAUUAGCGAGUGUGGAGUGCAUUACGCUGCCUACCAAACUGAUUAACAGCGCGAUGGAACGUGGCAAAUGCUUUCUUUAAAGUGAAAGCAUUCUCCGUAGUCAACAUAACUGUGUUGAACGUUUCCAUCGAUCGGUAUACUUCUCUUGUUCAAGAUGGUGUUAACCAGAAGCCAGACAUCUCGCCGCACUCGAUCUUCAACACAGCCGCUCAAUGCAGCUCCAACUGGAGUUCCAAGUAAUCCUACAUUAGCAAGUCGUCUUUGUGACCUGAUGGACGAACUCCCAAUGUUCAAGCGGCCUAAGCAAGUGAUAAGAAUUAUCUGGGAAUUAAAGGACUAUUACCUGAAAACAGCUCUCUUUAUAUCGCUUAUACUUGUUGUAAUCCUAUUGGUUUAUUUUGUUUCGAUAAUUCCUGAGUUGUUUAAAGUCUACGAUAAUGCAACUAAUGUUUGGCUGCGGCUUUUUCCACCUGAUUUACCAAGCGUUUAUUUCAACGGAGUCUCGUGGCCUCCAAGGCAUCGAUGGGUUUGGCGUGAGGAGGAACUUUCGAACGUAACGAGACGGAUAACGGCAAUGUCCAAAGAACAUGAUGGAAAGCAGGUUCACAUGUAUUUGAUCGGCGGUCCAGGUUCGGGGAAAUCGGAACUCGCUAGACAAGUGGGGCUUCGUUUAAAUGAAUCUCUGAAGCAAGACCGUAGACCGGUUGACAUAGUAACAAUCCAGGCUGCCACUGUCACUUCGCUCAUAUCAAGCUUUGCCGACUCAAUUUCUGCACUCAGCAAAAGUUCAGCGGAAAAGACGGACGGUAUAAAACAAUUAAAAGAAGAGCUGGAUCAUAAAAUUGGCGGUUUGUUCGCAAAAGAAGGAGAUGAUUUGAAAACUGAAAUGAAACUUAAGAUAUAUUAUGCAAAACUUUGCGAGCUUCUUAAACAACGAAACAGUCGCCCAGUAUUGAUUUUCGACAACGUGCGAGAGUUGAAGUGGUUGUUCAACUACCUUAACCUUGAGCCGGGAAGUCAGCAUUUUACGACUUUUGUAGUUAUCGUUACUCUAGAAAAGCGCGUGUCUUUGACAAGACUAAGUGAUUACGUAGAAGUGCAGGAUUUAUACGAGGGUAUGACCCUAAAUGAUUCUAUUAAACUUCUGCAACUAAUUACAGGAUUAGACAAAAACAAUGAGCACAAUGCUAAGGAACUCGCGAUUAUUCUCGGAAGGCAACCACUCGCUGUCGCAACCGCGGCGAUUUACAUAGAAAGCGUACGCCAAGGUCCCCCCAAGCGUUCUACAUACUCUUAUUCGAACUACAUAUCUGAGUUCAAGCGAGACAUUGAAUUCCUUGGAAUGGAAGAGCAACUGGAAUGGCAAGAAAGCGACGCUUCGAAGUACGAUGUUGCCAUGUACACCGCUGCUCUAAAAGCGGUUAAGCAUUCGGCUCAGAUUGAUCCAGUGAUUCGGGAAAUCACCUGUAUUGGAUUUACAGAUACGUCGCCGCUUAGUCUAUCCUACGUCCUCGACUUCUUGAAAACGAACUCGAGCCAUCAAUUCACAGAAGCGCAAGUCCGAAACUCCUUAAGGAACGUGCUUUUUAAAGUGGCGGGUCAGGAGAACCACCAAACUCUGCACACUCAUCAGGUAAUCCGAGAAGUUUUCCGUCGCGUUUGCAAGGUAAGUCGUUAUAACCCGAGCUGCCUUAAUUCAGCAUUUUGCAAUCUGACGAUCAGUACUAAUGCAGAUUUCAGUAACAGCCAGCUGCUGAUCUCAGAUGUCUUUCAACGACUCGUUUCAUCCUUUGAGCGGCAGCUGAAUUUCACAACCUCAUCUUUGCUAAACGUGGAAAACGCCACGGUAACAGAAUCUAACAUUGUUUUUGGCUCUGAAUAUUUAGAUAUCCUGACCUCGCUAUGCAUAUUUUCCUCGAGGGAAGGCUUGAAGAUGGAAUAUGUGAUGAGAGUCAGUUUUUCAGACACCUUCUUGCGGUUCUUUGCGCACAACUCUGGGUAUUGGCCAGGUUUGAUCAAGGCCACAACAAACGAAUUCAGACUAAAUGAAAUAGUGACUCUGGCAAACUUGCAGGCAAACAACGGCUCUCGGUUUGACUUACAGACAAUUCUCCUUGUUCUAAGCCUGCAUAGCGGAGCCUCAAAGUUGCAAAAAGAGCAUUUCAUGACCGCAAUAAACAAGACUUCGACAGGGAUUGCGCAACUUAUUAAAAAAGUAAAUGACGAUACAGUUGUCUUAAACAGAACAAAGCCACUUCUUUUGAACAUCUUAGGAGCGAUGUACCGUGGCUUAGGGUAUCCUUACCGAUCAAAGGAUCUUCAUGAGCUUGCAUUUGAUUUUUAUCGCACAAACGUCACUGACAACAGCACAGGAGAACACACUACAAGCAGUGAUAACGACCAAGAGGUUUUCUUAGGCAAGGCAAGCACUCUACAUAAACUCGGAAUCAUUUAUCGUUACCUAGGUAACCUUGCCAUUGCUCAGUCUGCGCAUGAGUGGUCACUUAGUCUACUAAAGCAGUUAUCCGGGGACCACCGAGUGUAUAUUUCAGGUUCACUUCUUAACCUAGCUGUUGUUUAUAGCCGCCUUGGGAAGUACUAUGAUGCACUGCGGUUGUAUAAUCGCUCAUUGAUCAUGCUGCAAGAGAUAUAUGGCCCAAGUCAUGCUAGCGUGGGGAGGCUUUAUACCACCAUUGGAACUGUCUAUUAUCGGCUUGGAGACUUCAAUAACGCCACACAACAUACAGAACGUGGAUUGCAAAUACUCGAGGACUUUCACGGAGAGUUACACCCUCAUGUGGCCGAGGCACUGAAUUUUCUCGGAUUCAUGUACAGAGAUCAAGGACAUUUAAGCAAGGCUAAGAUUGUUCUGGAACGCUCCACGUCUAUUAAGGAGAAGGUCUUUGAUCCGGAGCACUUCAUACUUGGAGAGGCUUUAAACGAUCUAGGGGUGGUGUACACUCGUCUGGGUGAAGGACAAAAAGCCAAGAUGGUCUUACAAAGAGCACUGCAUAUCUUUAAUCGUACUUGGGGAGAGGGGCAUACCUCAGUUGCGACGGCCCUAAACAGUUUAGGAGCCGCCCACAGCGCCUCGAGGGAGCUAGAAGAGGCGAUUUUUUUGCACAAGACAGCCUUAAACAUUCUCCUUCGAAUGGACAUGAGUGCCAACUUGGAACACUUAAUUGCAGAGACAAGACAGCUCCUUGGCAACGCUUACAUGGCGACGGGAGGCCUCGAAGAUGCCAAAGACAUGUAUCAGCUUUCGUACUUGGGAUUUAAGAAGAUUUACGAUUCCCAUCAUUGGAGAGUUCAAGGUGUUUUGAAGAGCUUAAGCUCUUUAGGGUACGUCUUAAACAAAUCCUGCGAGACAAAUGCUCUCUGUUUUAUAAUUAAUUUAAACGCUUUUUUUGCCAUCAUCCUAAGUGAAAGGCUCAUCACAUUUGAACAGCUUAUUUUAACGUAGUUUUUUCUUUGGGCUGGUAAAAU